AUGUCUGCCGAUUAUGUAUUGAGUACAGUUGCUGAGGUAUCUUUUUGUACUUUUCUGUCGGGGAUGGGCCAGAUUGAGAGAGGUGAAGUGGCCGUUGGUUAUGUGCUUGAUAUUAUCGCCGAGGUAUCUUUUUGUAUUUUUCUGCCGGGGAUGGGCCAGAUUAGGAAGGGCGGUACAACGGUGGGACUUGGCGUUGGUGUUUUGGAACAUCAAAGAUGGACAGGGUUUUCGCGGAGGUCGCUCCUCAGAUAUCUCCACAACUACAGAUCGGGGAUCUUCCAAAAUCGAGAAGAUUGGUGCAUAUGGCUAGGUCUCUUCACCUUACAAUUUGUAUGGCACUUUGGCCCGGGGUUGUGGUGUGGUAGGGGAGAACGGGGGAUACUCCCACACAGGAGUUUCGAACAACGUCCGGUUCACGUUUGGCUGGAUAACUCCACCACCACACAGGGUAUGCGGUCGGCGAUGGGGUCAGAAUGCUCGUAUGAUCGAGGGCUUUUCGAUGGAUCUAUCGGCGGGUUCUUAUUCGAAAAAUUGAGCGAGUUCGUGGUGGAGCGGUUGUACGGCUACUGUUGGAAUCUAUUGAAUAUUAAGGUAUUAAAACUAGAUUUAAUAUAUCACACUGUGCAGGGAUCAAAGACUCAGUCAGACCUUGAGAUAUACUGA